CAAACCUUGAAGAAAAUAAAACCACCUUUGCCACCAUCAAACAAAGUGUCGGCUACAUCAGUUUUCUUCUUCUUCUUCUUCUUGUCAACUAUUUUCGCUGGUCUCCGAAUUUACCGGAGCUGACAAUUGCGGCGGUGCAUUACGCAUUAUCGUCUUCAAUCAGAAUGAAGCACCACCGUUUCUCCACUUUGUUUCUUUUAAGCCUAUGCUUCAUACUUGCACAGGGACAGCCUAAGGCUAACCCCAAUGUUCACCUAGAUACACAUUGGUACCCAGGCACCGCCACCUGGUACGGCGAGGCUGAGGGUGAUGGUAGCACAGGAGGAGCUUGUGGGUACGGAAGUUUGGUGGAUGUGAAGCCGUUAAGGGCAAGAGUAGGAGCAGUGGGGCCAGUGUUAUAUAAGAAGGGAGAAGGGUGUGGAGAGUGUUAUAAGGUCAAGUGUUUAGACCAUACUAUAUGCUCAAAACGGGCAGUGACGGUUAUAAUAACUGAUGAAUGCCCUGGCUGCCCUUCUGACCGAACACAUUUUGACCUUAGUGGUGCUGCUUUUGGCCACAUGGCUGUUCAUGGUGAGAAUGGUCAACUUAGAAAUAGAGGUGAAAUCCCAGUUCUUUACAGAAGAACAACGUGCGUAUAUGCUGGCAAAAAUCUUGCAUUUCAAGUUAAUGAAGGCUCCACACCAUAUUGGUUAUCACUUCUAGUGGAGUUUGAAGAUGGAGAUGGUGACAUAAGCUCCAUGUAUAUACAAGAAGCUGGGUCUAGUGAGUGGCUGCAAAUGAAUCAUUUAUGGGGUGCAAAUUGGAACAUUGUUACAGGACCUUUGAGAGGACCUUUCUCUGUGAAAUUAAGCACAUCAACGGGAAAAAGCAUCACUGUUAAAGAUGUUAUUCCAAGUAAUUGGUCUCCAAAAUCCACUUAUACAUCACGCUUAAAUUUCACUCCUUAAACUAAUUAAGCUCACUCCCAAAGGGAGUGGUAAGUAAAUAAUUAAUAUAAGUACCAUUUACCAAGAUAUAAAGUUACUCAAGUGGAAUAAGGUAAAAAUUAGUGGAUUUGGACCAAUCUUGUUAUUUUUAUAGCCGUUGAGUGCACAUGGCUAUCUAGAUAGUGAUUUAUAUUUUAUAAGUCUAGAUGGUUGAUUUUGGUGUGCAAUUAUUUGUAAUUUGUAUGAAGAAGUCAUGUUCAUGUAGCCCCCUCCAAAAGAGGAGAGAGAGCUUGAAGUGUAGUAGUAUAUAUGAAUGAAUGUAUUGUUGAAUUUCGGGUA